GUUCCAAAUAAAAUACAUUCAACAUGUGCCUUUCUCUCACUCUUAAGGGGCAACUGGAAAACUUUUUAAUCUCUCUGCCUUGGCUUUGACUCUUUUCGUUUCACAUGCUUCUUCAAUGGCUCAGCUUGGUUCCGCACCCUCAAAGGGGCUGUGCUCGAUCCCUGAACGGACAAAGCUGCAUAUAGCCAUGGGAAUCUUUCAAUUAGGUUAUGCAGGGAAUCAUGUAAUUUUGAGAGCUGCACUUAACAUGGGUAUAAGCAAGCUUGUUUUCCCUGUUUAUCGGAAUAUCAUUGCUCUGCUUCUACUGGCUCCCUUUGCUUAUUUUCUAGAGAAGAAAGAUAGACCUGCAAUGACCAUUUCUUUUCUCAUACAGUUCUUCCUCCUUGGAUUUAUUGGGAUAGCAUCAAAUCAAGGAUUCUAUCUAUUGGGUUUGGAUAAUACCUCACCCACAUUUGCUUCUGCUACAGAGAAUGCUGUUCCUGCAGUGACCUUUAUCUUGGCUACCUUGCUCAGAUUGGAGCAGGUUCACUUGAAUAGGAAAGAUGGUAUAGCUAAGGUACUUGGCACUCUAAUUUCCUUUGUUGGAGCUUCAAUCAUAACCUUAUAUAAGGGACCAUCCAUUUACAGGCCAAAUUCAUCAUCUCCUAACCAAUCAAAGUUAUUUUUCUUAUUUGGAGAUGCCAAUUCCAAGAAUUGGACCUUGGGUUGCGUCUCUUGCUUUGGCCAUUGCUUGUGUUGGUCUAUCUGGAUUGUAUUACAAGCAAUCUUCUUGAAGAAAUACCCUGCUCCAUUUACAGUGUAUUCAUUUACUUGCUUCUUUGGUAUUCUGCAACUUUUUGGAAUUGCAGCAUACAUUGAGACAGAUCCUCAGACUUGGCAGGUUCACUCUGGUGGUGAACUCUUUAGUCUUCUUUAUGCGGGCUUAGUUGUUUCAGGAAUUGGAUUUGCAAUACAAAUAUGGGUUAUACAGAGGGGUGGUCCAGUGUUUGUUUCAGGAUAUCUCCCUUUGCAGACUAUGCUAGUAGCUUUAAUGGCUUCCAUUACCUUAGGUGAAGAAUUUUACUUAGGAGGCAUUAUUGGAGCUGUGCUAAUUAUAGCCGGACUGUAUCUUGUUGUUUUGGGGAAAAGUGAAGAGAGCAAGCUUGUCAUCAGAAAAGCUGUCAGCUCCUUAGUGUCUGAAAAUAGUCAGACAAACAGUAGGGGAAAAUCCUCUUUUCUUCAACCAUUGCUUCCUAGUUCAAGUGAAUGAUGCAUUGAGAAGUAGACACAGGAUUUUUGGAGAAUAUUUAUCCCUAACUGGUCAUUAUUUUAAGAGACCAGAUGAAGAACAGGUUUCUGCAAAUUGAAGUGAAUAAAGCUGAAGACUUCGAAAGUAAAUGAUGAAGAAAAAUGAAGGAACGAUUAGUACAGAAAAGCUUUCAAUCUUUUUGAUAAUGAAAGAUGUAAUGUAUUUAUUAAUUGAUAAAGAAAACAAAGAAAUCUUUGUGUCAAGGCUUUGAAAAAAUAGAGAUAGUGUCAUGACUUUACUGGUCAUUUCUUGUCUUCCACCAUUUUGACAUUAGACUCAUGCUAGUCAGAUUUUCAAUUUGUAAGACUACAAACAUGACAUUUUGUUCA